GCUACUGGCGUGCGCAACCGCCAUAUCUACCGUUUAGCCGAGUGAAGGGGCCUGUUAGUAGAAGUCCGUGGGCACGGAAGAAAAGCAUCCAUCCCAGAGCCAUGGUCCAUGUCUUCCUCAUCCACACCUUGCGGGCCACGAAGGCUGAGGAGGGCCUUUGCCGAGUGCUCUACUCCUGCUUCUUUGGUACCGAGAAUUCACCCAACGACCCACAGCCACAUGGUGCUGAGAGGGACAGGCUCCUCCGAAAGGAGCAGAUUUUGGCCGUGGCCAGGCAGGUGGAGUCCAUGUGCCAACUGCAGCAGCAGGCGUGCGGCCGGCCUGCUGUGGACCUGCAGCCCCAGUCCUCAGAUGACCCAGUGCGCCUGCAUGAGUCCCCGUGUGGGGCCUUCCGCCUGACGGCAGGGGACCCUUUCCAGGAGCCUCGGACAGUGGUGUGGCUAGGUGUGCUCUCAUUAGGCUUCACCCUGGUGCUGAAUGCCCACGAGAACCUGCUGCUGGCAGAGGGCACGCUUCGGCUGCUGGCCCGCCUUCUCCUUGAGCACCUCCGGCUGCUGGUCCCCACUGCCAACCUCCUGCUGCGGGCUGACUGCAUCGAGGGCAUCCUCGCCCGCUUCCUGCCCCAUGGUCAGCUGCUAUUCCUCAAUGACCAGUUUGUCCAGGGUCUGGAGAAAGAAUUCAGUGCUGCCUGGCCCCGCUGA